UAAGGCGGUGGUGAACGGAGCGAAUGUUUUGUGGGACGGCAAGGUGGGUUAAAGGUGGCAUCUCUCUUUGGGUUUUUCAGCUCGUCCGUCCGUCCGUUUGAGUCGCCGAUGGAGCAAGCCGGCGUGGUCAAGUUGGCGAGCAUCGUGGUCGUCCUGUGGGCAGUAACCAGGCAGGUGACCUGCCUCAAACGAUUCGAGGACGUCUUGGCGGCUGGGAAAGAUGAUCUCUCAGGGGCGGCAGGCUCGGCCCCCCACGGCUGGCAGCAGGCCUCCUCCGCCGCUUGGAACGACACAGCGUACCCCGUGUGGCCCCCCAACGACACGCGCUGGGAGAGCAACUGGCAAGGCGGCCGCAUGAAGGUGAUGCUGACCAGCGACGGGCCGGCCCUGGUGGGCUCUCGUAUCACCUUCUACUCGCAGCUCCACUUCCCCCGCGGGCAGCUGCCACAGGCCAACGGACGCGCCGCCUGGGCCCAGAACGGCACCGUCGACGGGAGGCCCGUGAGUGCUGGUCACGAGGUGUACCCGGAGCUGAGCGAGAAGGGCGCAGGAGGCCGCCGCUCAUUCCCCGACGGGCGCCCCAUGAAGAGGGGCAGGCGGGACGAGGACUACGUCUACGUGUUCUACACCAGGGGUCGAUUCUGGGAGAUCGGAUCUCAGGUGACUGCGACCGUGACCAUCGACACGACGGACAUCCCCCUGGGCGUCCACGUGGUGCAGCUGCUUGUCUACCAGGAGCGCCACAACAACCAGUUCAUCCCUCUGGGCAACGCCACCGCUGAGUACACCGUCACCGACCAAGUCCCGUUCAGCGUGGAGAUCAGCCAGCUCAACGACCAGAACUACCUGGACAACCGUUUCGUCGAGAACCGCGACGUCAUCUUCACGGCCCGGGUGAACGACCCGAGCGGGUACCUGCGUGACAGCGUCGCGGAGCUCACCUACACGUGGAACUUUGGCGACGAGAGCGGUUCACUCAUCACGCAGAUGCCCACGUGCCGUCACGCGUACGCCGCCGCGGGCAACUACCGCCCGCAGCUGGUACUGCGCGCGAUCAUCCCAACCAAGUGCGGCACCCUCAAUGCCACCGUCAUUCCCGACGAGACCACGCGCACCAUCACCACGACCACAACCACCACCACCGCCGCCACCACCACCACCGCCGCCACCACGACGACCACCACCGCCACGACCACCACCGUCGCCGUCACCACCGCCGCGGCCACAACCACCGCUGCCGCCACCCCGUCCGCUCCUGGUGGACCCACCACUCCAGCUGCUGCUUCCACCAAAGUGCCAGCCACGCCAAACCCGGCCGCCUUGCUGAUGCUGACCGCGGCGUCUCAGCUGCCCGCUGAACCCGACGGCCAGACGACAUCACCGCCGCCAUCGACGGCGGGCACCAUUAGCCAAGAGGAGGAGGAGGCGGUGGUGGUGGUCACUAUCUCAGCCUCGGAGCCGACGGUGGAUGACAGCAGCAGCAGCAGUAGCAGCAGCGUCGUCCCCGCAGCCACCGUCAUCGAUGAGGCCGACGUGGCCACGGCGUCGUCUGCGUCGUCUGCGUCAUCUUCGGCGUCUCCCAGCGAGGCGGCGCUGCGUCUCGUCAAGCGGCAGGCGGUCGCGUGGAAGCCACCUCACUGCCAAGUUCACCGCUACGGCAGCUUCAGCACGCGAAUCACCGUCGUCCCUGAGAUCCAGAGUGUCAAGGUGGUAGCGUUGACUAGCGCCCAAGCUGGCGGGAGCACCGUACCGGGACUCGUCAACUUCAUGGUCACCUGCGAGGGCAGCCUGCCCACGCAGGUGUGCACGGUGGUGUCCGACGCUUCGUGCGUCACCGCGCAGAGCUCCGCUUGCCGCAACGUGAGUGGCGCCGGCGGCGGCUGCGAGAUUGCCGUGCAGGAGAGCUUCAACGCGAGCGGCACCUACUGCCUCAACGUGACCCUCUCGGACGACGUGAGCCUCGCGGUGUCCAGCACGCAGGUCACCGUCGGACCAGAUGGAUCUGGCUCAUCUUCGGCCCUGAAGUCGGCCAUCGUUGCCGGCGUUUUUCUGGCCAUCGCCGGAGCCGCCGUCUACGUGAAUCGGCGAUUCAAAGAAUACUCGCCCGUCUACCAGCACGUGGCAGAGAACGGAGCGGCUGCCGGUGGAUCGUGGGCUUCUUACGCCGGGAUGCGGAGGCUUCUGGGCCUGGGCAGAAACGAAGAGGCCAGUCCGCUGCUCGCGACGGCGGCCACUGGGCGCGUCGUCUGAGCCGAGCCGUCUCUGGCAAGGUGGCCGGCAACCAGGCGGCUGUCUGUGAGAUGCAAGUCAACCCUCGAUAAUAUCACUGGUCAACACACUUUUUCUGGCAUAAGGUAUUCCAACGGUUUUAAUGUAAUUUUGGGGUGCCGAUUCCAAAUCAGUGUUUGUCUAUCACAUGAGGUUUUUGAGAUGUCAAAUAUUGCAUUUUCAAUAAAAACUGCGGAAGAAAAAUGUUAAAUAAAUGUGGAUGUCUACGUAAAAUUAUCAUAUAAACACACUAUCCUAAAAAUACAGCACCAUAUUUUAACACUGAAGCAGUCACUGACUCGCAACAACUUGCAAUCAUAAGUGACAGAGUUAAUUUCGGGUAAAAUCAAUGAAAAUAGGGUAUGCCGAUAGCAUAUAAAUGAGAUGUGAUAGGGAAAAUCUGAGAUCAGAUUUGGAAUCAGCACCCUGAAAUUAGUCUAAAACAGCUGCAAAAGUCCAGGCCAGAAAAACAUGCUUUUUUUGUUGACCAGUUAUAAGCACGUUACAGAGACGCCAGUACUUACGAACGAGUUAAGUUCCAGAGGUGCUGUUCGUAAGUCGAUUUGUUCGUAAGUCGAUUUGUUCGUAAGUCGAUUUGUUUGUGAGUUCAACUUUACUCCUGUCGAUUCCAGACACGUUGUACGGCGUGUACACUAAACACGGGUAAUGACUUUAAAAUGUGUUUAAUCUCCUGUAGAUGCCACUUGUUCUUCAUGUUCUGCAGAUGUAGAUGCCACUGGUUCUUCACGUUCUGUAGAUGUAGAUGCCACUUGUUCUUCACGUUCUGCAGAUGUAGAUGCCACUGGUUCUUCACGUUCUGCAGAU